AGAAUCUAUUCUUUUGGGGUGGAAUAGAUUUGGUACGCGAGCGGAGGCUGGGAGAAAAAAAUGGCACGGGACAGCUGCUUGGCUCGCGUCGCCGCUGGAGCUGCGGUCGGCGGUGCCGUCGGCGGCGCGGUCGGUGCGGUUUAUGGGACCUAUGAAGCUAUUAGAUACAAGGUUCCAGGAUUUUUGAAAAUCAGAUACAUCGGACAAACCACGCUUGGAAGUGCCGCAGUUUUUGGGCUCUUUUUGGGGGCUGGGAGCUUGAUACACUGUGGGAGAUCUUACUGACUACCUCUUGAGGUUUUCUGCACUCCUUUGGGGUUGAGAGUUCAUUGCAUAACGAUCUUGCAAAGCCCCGAUUUUCUGUGUAUGUGACAUUAUUUUCCAUUUGAUGUAUUAAAUUUUUGUGCUGUGGUUUGAGUUUCCAAACCAAGUGAAAGCUUGAUGAUAAAAAAACAAAAAGGGGUACCUGUUUUUUUUUUUUUCUUUCUGAAUCUGUCAACUGUUACAGAUGGAAAUAAUUAGAGAUGUCGAGAUCGAUGAAUAUAUCUCAU